GUAAGGAACCAAAAUAGAUCGGUCUAUGCUGAAAUUUCUACGAAUGAAAUGCUCUGAAAGCGAUUGGAAAAUUUCUAAAGAGGGCGGCCAAAUUAAAGAUUUAGAUGUCCGUAGACGAAACAGGGCGUCCACUCAUUGAUUUUGCCUCCGAAGGCCGGCUAAACGGACCUGAUGUAGUUCCGUAUCACGCGGACCCGGCCAGUUACAGCACGGCCAUAGUUGGCGGUACCCAUUACGAUAGCAGGACUUCUGAACAAAGACCUUUACUCGGCAGAUCGAGAUCGCGAAUGGACAGUCACAGUGAUACUGAAUACCAAGGAAAUCAUUUUGACGAUCCAGAGUUUAGCAGUCUUAUUCAAGCCGCCGAACAAGCUAUUGAUGUGGGAAUUCUGCCCGAGCGUAUAUACCAGGGAUCGAGUGGCAGUUACUUCGUAAAGGACAAAGAAGGGAAAAAGAUUGGUGUAUUUAAACCUAAAGAUGAAGAACCCUAUGGACACCUUAACCCUAAGUGGACAAAAUGGUGUCACAAGAUUUGUUGUCCAUGUUGUUUUGGUAGAAAUUGUUUAAUUCCAAACCAAGGAUAUCUCUCUGAAGCUGGAGCAAGCCUUGUAGAUCAGAAACUUGGUCUCAAUAUUGUUCCUAAGACAAAGGUUGUCAGACUUGCUAGUGAAACAUUUAAUUACACUGCAUUUGAUCGGGCAAAAGCAAGGUCAAAAAAGUUCGCUACAGAAAGAUUCCCUGAUACUCUAGGAAAACAUGUAAAAGCAGGGCUUCCUCCAAAGCUGGGUUCCUUUCAAACAUUUGUAGAUGGUUUUAAGGAUGCAGAAUUUCACCUGAGGAAGUUUGAAGUAGAAUCUCUUCCAGCCAUCACAAACAAAGAUUUUCUGAUACAGUUUCAAAAACUUGUUUGUCUUGAUUAUAUUAUUAGGAAUACAGAUCGGGGGAAUGACAACUGGCUUAUAAAAUAUGAAAGAACUCCAGAAGUUGAUCGACAAGUGGCAGGCGAAGAGGGGGGUGACUGGGAUUAUGUUGAUCCUCCAAAGAUAUUCGUAGCUGCAAUAGACAAUGGACUGGCAUUUCCUUUUAAGCAUCCAGAUUCUUGGAGAGCUUAUCCAUUUUACUGGGCGUGGUUAACACAAGCAAAGGAGCCGUUUAUGGAUGAGAUUUCUGACUUUGUUUUACCUCAGAUAGCAGAUAUGAACUUUGUUCAAGACCUCACUGAGGACUUGUACCUUCUUUUUCGGGAGGACAAAGGCUUCGAUAAAUCACUCUUUGAAAGACAGAUGUCCGUUUUAAGAGGACAGAUCUUGAACUUAACUCAGGCACUGCGGGACAAGAAAUCCCCUCUGCAACUUGUGCAAAUGCCCGUAGUCACUGUAGAAAGAAAGAAAAUUGAGUCUGGAGACCGACUGAGAAGCCAUAGUCACGCCUUCACUCAAAGCUUUCAACACAGACCACCGUUUUUCUCAUGGUGCUAACCAAAGAAGUGUCACGUAACGAACUUUGUUGUUUGUGAUUUUCUCUGCUGAUUCAAACGGAUGAAAGGUGCGCUCUCUGAGAUAUAUGGGAUACUGUCAUCAGUCGAACAAUGGCGGGGAAUUUGACUUCUAGUAAGUCUUACUGGUCAGCCAUAACCUGGUUUGCUAUUGGUUAUCUGUGACUGACAAUUUUAUGUGCAACCUCGCUCUCGUGGAGUCUGGUAAUGGAGAACUUUGCGCGCAUGUUCGGAAGAAGAUCGAAAAAGAUUCAAAGCUACGAAAAUGGUCUGACAGCGUUGAAUAAUGUAGUGAGGUUUAUUUUUCUAAAAGAUGCAGGAUGAUUUUACAGUGGUUUCAACAGAGAUUUUACAGGGGUUCCAACAGAGAUAAAUUACCAUUAUGUCAAACGAAAGUUCAGCUAAAAUGAAACUUCUUUGAAACUAUACAAAGGUUGUAGUUCAUAUUUUGUAACUGAUAACAGCUUCAUUAAUCAGAAGUGCGCGACACUACCUUGCACUACUGAAGUGGUACAUUCUUAAAGUAAAAUUAUGUGCAGAGCGUUUAAUUAUGUAUAUGGAAAUUCAAAUUAUUAUUUUAAUGAAUAGGAAUUGUCGUGAAUAGUGCGUUCCCUCUUUGGUUAAGAACACACUGAUCAUUGUGCAGGGACUAUGAAAAUUAAUAGGUUAAUCAUUGAAAACCACGUUGCCUCAAUCGGGCAAUCUGGUGAUGUAUGGGGAGAAAGCACUGAAUCGGACUGUCUAGAAAUACGUCAUUUUAUAGAUAAGUUAAAUAAAUGGAUAUUUGCACUGCUUGGUGCUUUGCUCAGCAUUAACUUCCCUGCUUGAGUCGCUCUUAAUUUUAUUAAAAUUAAAGGUGAAGUCCA